AUGAGGAACAUCCCACGCGUGUUUCUGCCGAAGCGCCCUGCCGCUAUCACAUCCCUAGAGCUCACCUGGGAGCAGGCUCCCGGCGUCGACCCGACGAAGCUCGACGCGUGCGACAUUGACAUGCUACUUGCAGCGCUCACGGCGCUGCCGGGGCUGAGGCAUCUGAUUCUGACGCUCCCUUGGCGUGGCGGCAACUGGGACCACAAGCCUGUAGAACUCGACGCUUUCGACAGUGAAAAGUCGCUUCUUGCCUGGCACGACCUAUUCGUGAACGAGAGGCUACGUCUCGAGCGCUUCACGUGUUCUCUGAAUAGCGAGGGGAGUGACGAGCCCACCGACGAGGCAGAGCACAAGAACAAGCAUACGUGCACACGAACCGUCCGAAUGAACGAGACAGAUGAGAAUGACCUUGUCAUUUUGAACAAUGACAACGUCACUACGCCGAAUCCGCCAGCCGAGUUCGACAAGGGCAAGCCAGUGCUGGACCACGGGUGA